AUGAACAAUCGGGAAACCGGCCGUGAGCUCGUCCCUGUGGGGCCCCAGGCCAGACAGCCUAUGAUCGGCCGUGAGUUCACGGUGAACCGACGGCAACAGCUUCACGAGUCGAAUCGAAACCGUCGUCCCGUAAUGGGCGACCAGAGCAACCCCCCGGACAUCCCAACGUACGACAACCCCGAUUCAUACAGAUUUAUGAUUUCCAGCCGGAGAACUGACGGUCGCAACUCCGAUUCCGCAUCAUCAAGUAGCGGGAUAAGCACAGCAGUGUCUCCAGGACCAUCCACCCUAGUCAGCACAGGCAUUAGCACCGAUCAAACAACCCCAUCGGACCCACAGACCGAAUUUAGACUACCUGGUGAUGAUGGAGAUAUCAGAGCAACGUCGCUGGACCGCAUGUCCCAGGUGAACCUCUCCCCGGUUUCGACGAACAGCGAGUAUAACGAGCCGGUGUUCAUGAUCGGCAGCGACCCUAAAGAGAAGGUCCCGACAUUGAUGGCCCUGGACACACAAGCAUCAGCCAAUUUGAUGGAUGUUGAUUUACAGCGGGAGUUGAAGUUAGAGAUCGAGCGUUGCGAUCAGGAACUCGUCCCAUUGCAGACAAAAACCGGCAAAGACAGAAUCAAGCCGAUCGGCAUUGCAAAAGGCGUUGAAUGGCACUUUGCACAACGUGAGAAGACAUUCACCAGCGACUUCCUGGUUGUGGAUAUGAAGAAUUAUAACAUCAUCCUGGGAAGAAAGGAUAUCAAGAGAUUGAGAAUCCUCAAAUCCGGACCUGGCCUUGAACGGCUAAGGACAGCUGCGGAUAUUGCAUCACACCGUGACACUUUUAAUUCCCAUGAAUGUGGAUAUGGACAUGUCAUCGUCAACUACGUACUUAAUGUGAAUGGAUCUUUUUUUGCGUCCAUUUCUCGUUUCCCUCCGGUCGCACAUCCCCGCACCGCUAUCGGCAACGAUCCUUUCAUGCAAAAGAAACUACUGGCGCCAAUGAUUCGUUCUCUGUGUGAGGCCAUCCACAGACAGCAGCUCGAAGCUUACGCUUCCUCUGGGGUGAACCGACAGAGCCGUAACAGCAAGCAAGUACACCCAACGCAAAGCCAUGCCUCGGCGCGCUCACCAGUCAUAAUCACUCAGACAGGACCCAAGAGCAUAGAAAUCCGUUGCAUCAGGCCAGAAGAUGAAGACACCGUCUAUCUAAAGGCUGCUUUCUCUGAGCAAUUGGACGUCAAUAUUCUCACGCAGAGGGGGCUCCAAAGGUUGGAAGGAAUUCUGCUGCAGCGCAAUGAGAUACCCAAAACGUUCUACGAUUCCGAUAGCGUUUCAUACACCGUGCGCGAUGUAGUCCGCCUAAGUAUUGGGAAGAAAAGCGAAACCAAACUGUGGAGACAAGAUUUCUACGUUUCCCUGAACGACGACGAAGCGCGCUUGGAUACCCAGUAUGAUGCGAUUCUAGGGACUCAGUGCAGUGUCGGACGGUUCACGGAUAAGAAUGCCCUUCCAGUUGCUGUUACCCAGCUCGCAUCGCAGAGUGCAAAUGAUAAGGCGGCCCAGGAGAAAAAGAAGCGGGAGAAAGAGGAAGCUUUGGCGAAGAAGAACCAGCAGUUGCGUGAACAGCAGAAAAAGCAGGCUUCUCAGGGUAGAUAA